AAAUUCCGCAUGAUGGUGGAGGAGAACGCAGCAACCGGCGCCCGGCUGGACGGAGAGCUGGAACGCGCCAGGGGCGAGUGCGCGACUCUUCGGGGCGAGUUGCGUGACGUCCGCGGUGCCUUGCCGACUGUGCUGAACAACAACAACGCGGGAGCAUCGGCCAGCAACGGCAGCGGUAACAGCAACAAUAAUGCCGGUACGGCAACCGCUAGCAAUUCUGGCCAGGAAGCAGAGGCUCAGCAGCAAGAGGACGGCAAGCGGCUGAGCGCCGGCAGUAGCCCGAUCGAGAAAAGGAGCUCGGCCAGUGAUAAAUCGGUCAGCCCCAUCGACAAAAGAACCAGCCCGGUGGACAAGAAGGAUAGAACCAGUCCCGUCGAGCGGCGAGCCAGUCCCAUAGAACGAAGAAAUGGCUCGCCCUGUCGAAGUCCGAGCGAGAAGGCGCGUCGACCGUACGCUCCCGCUCUGGAAAAGACGCGGCUGGGUGGAUCCGGGGGCAGUGUUGACUCUCGAUCGGGCAGCGCCAGUCCGGAUCGGGGAUCGGCCAACCGGAGUGGUUUCCUGCACCGCGGCGGCAGCGACCGCUCCAGCGUGGAGCGGCUCCGGAUAUCCACUAACCGCGACUCCCUGCGAUCCAGCAAGGAGAUGAACGAUCACGACCAGAAGGACGCCGAUAAGGAUCUGGUGGACGGCGAUGUGCGGGGCGACGAGGACAAUGAACCACCCGGACCAGCGCCGGGCAGCAGACCGUCGUCCCCGACUAAUUCUCUCGGAAUUGGCGAUCCUGUGGUGGCGUCUAGACUAUCCAACAUCCACGGCGGCGGUGGUGGACACGCGGAAUUGGCCAGUGCAAGAAGACUGCGAUUGGAAAAUGAGCGACUGGUGGCCGAGGUCGCGAGAUUGAGGAGGCUGUUAUUGAGUGGCGCGUCGCGAGGCGAGGUUGGCGGCGACGAUGCCGCGAUGGAAGAAGAGGCCCGCUUUGUCGCCCUAGAAAUGGAACUGCAACAUGCGAAGGAGGCACUGCAGGCACUGAAAGCUGACCGGAAGCGGCUCAAAGCGGAAAAGUUCGAUCUCCUGAAUCAGAUGAAAGCGCUUUAUGGCACGCUCGAGGAUAAAGAGCGCGAGCUACGCGAUUUUAUACGAAAUUACGAACAGCGGAUGCGGGAGAACGAGGCGACCCUGGGACGUCUUCAGCAGCAAGGAGCGGGCAUGCCGUCAGAGGAACGCGAGCGUGAGAGGGAGAGGGAACGCUGGAGUCUUCUAAGGGCGGCGAGGGACGAGGCCGAUCGAAGCCUGAGCCUCGCGGCUAGUUUGGCCGACAAAGAGGCCGCUCUCUCGCACGCACACGCUACCAUAAAAGAGCUGCAACGUCAGCUGGUGGAACGCGGCGGCGGCGGCGGGGUCUGCCUGAGCGAUCAGGAGUCCCUGGUGUCGUUUCCGCGGGGCAGCGUGAACGGCGCCGCGACGCCCGGCGCCGGCAGCAGCAGCGGCGGCGGCGGCGGCGGUGGCUGUGGUAUCAUCCCCCAUGUGAACUCCCAGCCGCCGUUAGGCAUUACCGAACUCGGUGUAUCCGUGGGUAACGUGGGCGGCGGCGGGGGUGCGGGUGGAUCCUCCGGCCAGGCCGGCGAUCGCGGCAGCUGCAGCGCCGACAGCGGCGUUCGCGGAUCCAGCGAUCGCGAGAGCGGCGGCGCGACCAGCGUCGGCGGAAAUCUCUCGGAUUCCACGACGGACGGCACGCCGACAAUUAUGGUCGAGGGCAGCGGUCUCGACAUGGACAGCAUCUCCGUGGUAUCCUCCGUAGCACCACCCCACAUAUACCAAUCUGCUACCACACCGAAAGAUUGCAGCCCGACGCUGUCGCCGUUGAACGCGUUCUCGAGAUCCAUGGACAAUUCUUCGCUAUCGCGAUCGGUCGAGCAGCUAUCCAGUCCGCUGGAAUCCGAGCCGAGGAGAAACAAGCAGCCACCACCUGUCGUCGCACCUGCCGCGCAUUCGCGAUCGUCCGCCACUCGCGGCGGCACAUGGGGAUCCAUUUCAAGAGUAUUCGCCCGCUCGCGACAUCGGAAGACGGCAAACAGUUCCAGCGGCGGGAGCGCCGGCAAUGAAGGCUCAGACGGCUUUGAUCCAUAUCGAUCGUGGUCGCCGCUCACCGAGGAGGGAUAUGCCGAGAAACUUCGUUUACUCAGGGAAGCAGCCUCCGUGCCGAUGGAACGAUGGCGAGCUCCGACCGUUUUAGCCUGGCUGGAGGUGGCUCUCGGGAUGCCGCAGUACGGUCCGCGAUGCGCUGAGAAUGUCAAAUCGGGCAAGGUCCUACUCGAAUUGAGCGACGCCGAGCUAGAGGCCGGAUUAGGCGUAACUCAUCCGCUUCAUCGAAAGAAACUGCGUUUGGCUAUCGAGGAACAUCGACACCCGAGUCACGUACGAUAUCCCUGCAUCGCCCAGCUAGGUCACACCUGGGUGAGCUCCGAGUGGCUGCCGGAUCUCGGUCUGGCCCAAUACUCGGAGAGUUUCGCCACCAAUAUGGUGGACGCGCGUAUGCUAGAUCAUCUGAGCAAGAAGGAGCUCGAGAAGUUGCUCGGAGUCACGAGGAAGUUUCAUCAGGCCAGCAUCGUCCACGGUAUUCAUCUGCUGCGGAUGCUGAAUUAUGAUCGACAGGCGCUCGCUGUCAGGAGACAUCAAUGCGAGCAGGUUGACACAGAUCCUUUGGUCUGGACGAAUCAAAGGUUCAUUCGGUGGGCGAGGAAUAUCGAUCUCGCGGAAUACGCCGAGAACUUGAAAGACUCAGGUGUGCACGGUGCUCUGGUUGUAUUGGAGCCGUCGUUCACCGGCGACACCAUGGCAACCGCUUUGGGCAUACCGCCGGCUAAGCACAUGAUCAGACGACACCUCACCGCCGAAUUAGAAGCGCUUGUUCUGCCAGCAAGAAGUCAGCUGGAGGUGGUCCCGAGGAACAGCACCGGCGGGGGCGGCCGUCCGAUCAGCACCGCGAGCGCGGGCGGUAGUCUCGGUCGUGGAAGCAGGGCGCUGCACCUACAGCAUCAUCAGAGCUCACUGUCGGCGCUCCACAUGACGGCGAAUCACACCGGCACCGUCGACAGGCGCAGAUCCAGCCUCAGGUUGUCGUGGAGAAGCUCACAGGGAUCCCUGAGCAGAGCAUUCGGUCUCCGGCCUAGAAGCGAGAAGGCAUCGCCGUCGUCGUCCUCGGACACCGGAAGCCUCGCCAGCCAGUACAUGAGCAGCAGCGUCCGCAGCAAUUCGCCACCACCGCCGCAACUGCCGCCGCGGCCGAUGACGGCUGGCGGCGGCAAGCGGCACCGUCGCGUCAAGAGUAUCGGCGACAUCGAGUACAUAAGCACCGCCGCGGUGAGCACCCCGGUCUGACAGGAGGGUAGGCCCCACCAUUCGGGGCCUUAUCGCAGCCUGAGCGAGCGCGGCUACUCCUCCUCGUCGUACUCCUCGUCUCAGUACGGCUCGUACUCGGGCUACAGCAACGUCCUGACGGGCGGCGAUCAGUACCAACAGUAUCAGCAACAAUCCGCCGGCAAUUAUUACCAGCAACUGCAGGGCGGCUAUUACUCGCCGCAGAGUUCCGGGCCGCCGUUCCCGGGUGUGCAGAGAUACGGCAGUCUGGCCGAAGAGACGUGGUCCUCGUGCUCCGCCAAGGGAGACGCCUCGGCGGGCAUCUCGAAGUCUAAUCCUAGGACUUACCUAGCUUAGUUAAUCGCGACAAUGUUGAAGACAGCUCUGUUGAGCGACAGCUUGUUUCUGCGCCCAAGUGUUGCCCUUGAAAAAAAGCGCACACCUGACUCUUCAAGAAUGAAUCUUCUUUAUCGUUUAAAUUUUUUUUUUUCCGGCUUUCAUCGCGCAUGGACUCACAACGAUGACUUAAUGAACAGCCUAUGGGAGGAAAGAUGGUGAAACCAAAUCCUGUUGUGCAUUUGCCGGAGAGUCGAAUGUUAAUCGACGUUGCAAAUGCGGCUCACUAUAUCAGACGCAGACUAUAUAUGACUCAAAGAAUUAAUUAUCGACAAGCUACUAUGAGAAUAUAUCGCUAAAUCUAUAACAAUAAGAUUCUGAGCUUCUGAUGUUUCAUGUUCGGACGUAAGAAUGUUAUGUCGAGGUGACCUGAUCGAAUUUACAGUUAAUUUAACGAAAAGAUCGAUAGGGAUCUCGAUGCCCUCGGAUAAUCAUUAUUGUUACAAUGAGAUUUCAAGUGAUGAAAUAAUCUUGUUAUGAUAACUAUAAUAGAGACAAUACGUUAGCUGGACAAAUGAACCACGAAAGUACGAACGAUUUCGGACACUUUAUGAUUAUAAAUAAAACAAAGUUCUAAUAGAUGAGUAGACGUCGAUGUCAGUUAUCUCAAAACUAUUCUCGAUUACAAAGUAACUAUACGUCGUACAAAUGCUAGGCAGCAUAUCGUGAUGUUAAGAGGCAUAAACGAGUCUGACCAAAUUUUAUGAAUACAUCGAGCCACCGACAUAUGCCGACGAUAUAUCCGAAGUAAACAGAAUAAAGAAUAUAAUUAUGAUCACAUAUAGGUAAGAUUAACAAUAAGCGAAUUAAUAAUGAAAAUUCUUCAGUUCAAUCUAUAUGUAUAUUACGGUGACAAUAUCUCAUAAACGAUUCGCCGGAACAAUUUUUUAUUACUAUCACUGCGAAGGACAUCGCUGUAUCGAGGUAUAUUAUAAUUUAGAUCGUAAUUAUGAACGAGUCGUGUGCGAUACGAUUUAAUCUAAGUGCCAGAAAAAAAAUCGAGUGUGCCUCGUAAUUUGGCACACUGCCGCAACGUACGUUCGGCUUAUUGUGUAUCAUCAUAUUAAUAAGUACAAUCUCCCCAGUGUUCGUAUAUCAUGUUCGCGCGGUCGCAAAGGAAAAAAAAAAGAUGAUAUUUUGCAGAUACUACAUAUAUAUUUAACGUGAUAUUUAUUCGUAGAUUAUAAUUAUUUCUUAAUAUUUAUGCGCGGCUCGCGUUUGAUCAUCAGAUUAUUUGAUUCUAUAUCAACGGGAGAGAAAAGAUCACAGGACCACACAAUAUAAUAUACAUAUUUUAUUGCCGGACAAGUAUUAUCGCCAUUUCGCACAACCGAAACGGCGAAUUAAUACGCUAGAUAUCGUGACAUUCGUGUACCUAAGUAAUUUAUUUAUAUAAAUUAGUUUAGGUAAAUAAUUUAUUUAUAUACUAUAUAUCUAUUUCAUCGCGCGACGCGGUCAAUCCCUCGCUUGAGCGCGGCAAAUACAAGCGUUCGCUUAUGUAUAUUGGUGCGAAUUAACGCGCGAAAUCACAGAUUUCAAUACAAACCGUUGUAAAUGUGCUCAGUAACGUCUGUAUAUAUUUGUGUGAACUGUAUCUAAACAUUUGGAGAAAAAUUAAAUAAACAAUUGCCUUUA